AUGUCUCCGAGGCAGAAAUACUUCUGGACUAAAGUUCCACCAGAGCACUCAAGAGAUAGCGAGGGGAACUCUUUCGCGACGACUCCUCCCGCCUUCACCGACGCAGCUCUUAGCCUCCUCAUCGCUUCAGUUUGCCGUCGCUGGCGUUGUCUCUCGCAGCGUCAUGUCUCGACGCUUCUCGUCAGGGAAAAUGUCGCCGUUUCCCGCCAGGACCUCGCCAACGCCGUGUCCUGCUUCUCAAACCUCACCCACCUUCAUCUGUGCGACGGAAGCGUGGAAACAUUAGACGACGCCUUCCUCUCUCACCUCGCCUCGGCAUGCCCUAAGCUAACGGUUCUCCACGUUGGAAGCAGGAUCACCAAAGAUGCGGAAAUCCAGGAGAGGAAGCACUUGCACCCGAUUACUGAAACCGGCUUGGAUCGGCUCUUUCAGGGAUGCUCGCAGCUGGAGGUCAUCUCCUUCGACCGGCUUGGAUCCGCUCUCCACCCGAGCGUCGUGUUUCCGGCUUCGUUCUUCCAUCUCUCGCAACUCCGCACUCUCGUUCUCCCGGACGCGUCAGCGCUGAUCGCUCCCGGCUUCUCGACCCUGUCGUCUCUCAGCUCGAUCCGCAUAACCUCUCUGAACCUGGGUUUUCACCACCUAGCGAAUCUCGUUCAACUGCCGAGGCUUACCAGCCUGGCCAUCAGCUACGAUCCCGAGGUAGAAGAAGAACGACCGGAAACGUUUUCCGUCGCGCAGCUGCCGUUUAUGAAAUCGCUGCAGCUCGAGGGUGAGGCGUCUCCGUUCAUCAUGUUUCUUCCCUCGGGAUUGCCGUGCUCCAGGCUGGAACGGCUGGUGAUUGCGGGUUCCCACUUCCUUGCCCAGCUUCCGGACGACCUUGGAGAGAUCUUGCCAUGUCUCCGUGAGCUGAACCUUAGCUGGUGCUCAAAGCUCACGCGCCUGCCCAGAGAUUUCACGUCUCUGACCCAGUUGGAGAGCCUAACGAUCACCUCGUGCCGGUUGUCCAGCCUGCCCGACAGCUUCGGCCGCUUAUCUACCCUGAAAACAUUGGUGCUGCGGAGUCUGCCUCUAGCCAACCUCCCUGACUCUUUCGGGCGUCUCGAAUCCCUGGAGACAUUUACCAUGUACAUGCUCUCCGUCACGGAACUCCCGGAACCUUUUGCCUAUCUCCCAUCUUUGAGGACCCUACUCAUGGUUGGCUGCCGUGAAUUCCGCCAGCUCCCAGCGAAUUUCGGUCGUUUAAGAGGUCUCACGACGCUGUGCAUGGUGAAGCUGCCGCUAAUAAGGCUUCCGGAGGGCUUGGAGGGAAUGGAUGGCAUCCAGAGGAUGUUUCCAGAUGAUGUGUUCAAUCCGCUGCAGCUCCCGGGCUCACUCUUCGAGUUGACUUCGUUGACCCGGCUUGACAUGGAUCUGGUUUCAGAUGAGAAGCUUCCGGAAGGGAUUGGGAAGCUGAACCAGCUGCGGCACCUGAGCAUCCAUUGCUGCUUCAAUCUCAGGGAGGUCCCGGAAUCCCUCACAGGGCUGACCAAUCUGAAUACUCUCACGAUUGGGAUGUGCAGCGAGCUAGUGUCACUUCCCAAGAAGCUGGAUACCCUUAUAAAGCUUAAACGGCUGGAGCUGACUGGGUGUCACCCUUCCAUGUGGCUGAACGGAUCGUUUAUCUCCAUGCCUUCUUCGCUCGAGUCUCUGAGCCUGGGGAGCUACAAUCAGACCAUUGUUCUGCCGAACCUUCCAAUGCUGCCGAAUCUCAAGAAGCUGACGUUGAAUCUGGUCGACGUGGCGGGUGGGGAAGCCAAUCUGUCUGAACCCAGUGCGUUGCCAAUGUUGCAGCAUCUGGAGUUGGUGUUGGCGGAAUAUGCAACGGAGCUGGCAUUCCCCUUGGCUUCACUCCCUCAGCUGCGAGUUUUGGUCAUCUCCAGGGCUGGUAACAUAGAGAAGCUCCCUGGAAGCAUCAGCACGGAUCUGAUGCAGCUUCGGAGCUUGCAGAUAGAGCACGCUGCAGAGUUGAAGGUGCUGCCAGAAACGAUCUCUCAGCUUCGCCAUCUGACCUCCCUGGAAGUUCAUGCACCCAAGCUGGCCUCCCUUCCGACCAGCAUCGGUGCGCUCUCCAGGCUAAGGGAGCUUGAUCUCUCCGACUGCUCUGCCCUGGAAAAUCUCCCUGCUUCUCUCACCCAGCUUGGCUGCCUCAACAAGCUGAAACUUGAAAACACCGCGAUCCGCUCUCUUCCAGGAAACUUUGCACAGCUGACCCGGCUCAAGAGCCUGGACUUAGCUUUGGAUGAGGUGUACCACAACUGUGCUUUAAUGUACGAGACAGUGGGAUUAGGGGCUUAG